GGUGUCAAUUCCAGGGGGAAUUUGUGGGAUUUAUUCCAUGUUUGGUCUGGAGGUGAUUUCCCUCCAGACUUGUUGUGUCUGAGCCGGGGACAGACCCUGAGUGGGGCUGCUGGAAUGUCCCCAAGCUGUGGCAGGACCUUGUCCCUCCCCCGUGACUUCCAGGGUGUCAGAGGAGCACCCCAGGGCUGGAAUUCCUCGGUUUUCAGUGGGGUCUGAUCCCCCAGAAUGGGCCGGAGCAGAGCUGGGCUGACCUUGGGGGGCUAAAACUGAAUUUUCCAGUGCUGGCAUUGAGCUGGGUGGCUCCAGCUGUUUUUGGGGGCUGUGACAUCGAGGCGGUGGUGGCAGCUCUGCUGUGAUGGCCAGGAAGGGACUGGGGGACCUGGGGGUGCCUGGCUGGGGCAGGACCCGGCGCUGGGUGGGGAUUGGUGCUUUUGGGGGUCAGUGGCUUUUUGGGGACGAUGGUUUUUGGGGCCGUGCGAAGCAGGACUUUGAUGGUUUGAUGUGCUGGAGGUAGAGAAGGGCUGGACGCCGUGAUUGAGCUAAAAAAGGGAUUUUUUGGGGGGAGGAAGAGCCGGCUCGGGUCUGCUCCAGCUCCGGGCAGGGCUUUUGGGGGCAGCGCUGGAUUCCCAUCCCCACCCCUGACCCACGGACCGUGCGGGCGCUCCGGAGAUGCAGGAGGAUCGGCGGAGCCCUGAAAGGGUUAAGGGGUGCGGGAGCCGCAGGGAUCCACCCCAGCCCAGCCCGGAGCCGGAAUCCCGCGGCGCUGAUUGAGCUCCGAGCCCAUCAAAGGCUCCGAUCGGGGUCCCAACCCCCGCGGCCGCCCGGCCCGGCCGCUCUUUGUCCGGGCGAGCGGAGCAGCGAUGUGGCUCCUGCGCAGCCUGGCCUGGGCCCUCCUGAGCCCGCUGCUGGCCGGGCUGGGCCCGCAGGAAAGCGCCCUGCUCCGCUCGCUGGGGCUCAGCGCCAAGCCCAGCCCCAGGAGCCCCGGCCCGGUGCCGCCCGUGCUCUGGAGGAUCUUCCACAAGGGGAGGACGCUGCCCCGGCCGGGCGGAGAGCCGGAGCCCUGCCGGGUGGAGGAGUUCAAUGUCCCCGGCAACAUCGUCCGCGUCUUCGCUGACCAAGGCCGCUUCCUCCCCGAAGGGCAGCCCCAGGGGCGGCUGUGUCUGCGGAAACUCCUGUUCUUCAACCUCUCCGCGCUCCAGGAGGGCGAGCGCUUGACCAUGGCCCAGCUGGAGCUCCAGUUCCACCACAACUCCUACCACUGGCCCAGCCCGGGGCAGGUUUUGGAGCUCCGGCUGUACCGGGCGUCCCCCCGGGGGCUGCCCCGGCCCGGCCGGAGCCCGCUGGUGGAGCGGUCAUUUGUCCAGCUGCGCAAAUCCCUCCUGCUCGACCUGAGCGCGGCGCUGAAGGACGGGACAGCGCCGGGCAGGAAUUUGGCCUUGGUGCUGGAGAUCUCGGCCAGCGGGGACGGCGGGACCGUGCGGGGCCCCUGCGCCGGCAGCGACGCCUUCGCGGCCACCUCGCUGCUGCUGGUGACGCUGGGCCCGCGGUGCCGCGCCGCCCGCAGCAGGAGGAGCGCCCCGAGCCCCCCGCUCACCCCCAGCCCCCUGUGCAAGCCCCGCCGCCUCUACAUCAGCUUCAGCGACGUGGGCUGGGAGAACUGGAUCAUCGCCCCCCAGGGCUACCUGGCCAACUACUGCGGCGGGGAGUGUCCCUUCCCGCUGGCGGCCGAGCUCAACAGCACCAACCACGCCGUGCUGCAGACCAUGGUGCACUCGCUGGACCCGCAGGGCACCCCCCAGCCCUGCUGCGUGCCCGUCCGCCUCUCCCCCAUCUCCAUCCUCUACUACGACAACAGCGACAACGUGGUGCUGCGGCACUACGAGGACAUGGUGGUGGACGAGUGCGGCUGCAGGUAGCGGGGUUAGUGCGGGCAGGACGGGCCGAGGGGGGACAGACCCCGCGCUGCCGAAUCCCCGCUGCCUCCCGGGCGUUUCGGGUGUUUCGGGAGUUUCGGGGUUCCCCUCUGCGCUGGGCUGGGCUGGCGUUGUUGGCGGUGCUGAUUUAGGAUUAGUCGGGACGGGGCUGCGGGAUUAUGACCGAGCCCGGCGCUGGGUCCCCUCCCCGCGGGGGAUGCUGGCGCCGGGCUGUGAAUCCCGCAUUUCCCCCCUUGCGCAGCUUUUUGGGGGGUUUUGGCUGAACUCUGCGGAUUUCUCAGGGUAUAAAUGAGUUUUCUGGGUGAAUCGGGGCCGGGGGUUCCCUGGGGUGCGAUCCAGGGACAGGGACGGGGUGACCAAAUCCCAUCAGAGCCGGGCGGGAGCUCCGUGCUGUGCUCUGGGAGCUGUUUUCAGGCUGUGGUUGGUGAUGGGGUGGUUUGGGGACAGGGCUUGUGUUGGGUGGCCAAAUGCAGUGGGGGUUUUGCCUAAGAAAAUGAAGGUUUUCCCUAAAAAAAUUGGAGGUUUUACCUAAAAAUAAUGGAGGUUUUGCCUUAAAAAUUGGAGAUUUCGCCUAAAAAUUUGGGAAUUUCACCUAAGAAACCCGCAGGGAGCCUUGUGCCAAGGGCAGGAUCCUGCAGGGAAUGUGGCUGAGGGAAUUCGGGGGGGUUGCUGGGGUCAGUGGCUGUGAGUCAGUAUUAAUUAAUUAAUAAUCAAUUAAUUAACCUCAUUUGCAAAUCGAUGAGCCCAGGCUGUCCCUGGUGUCCCGGGGCAGCCGAGCCUCAGGCAGGGGCAGAGCUCCGCACACUUUUGAAUUUUUCGGGUUGUUUUGGGUUGAUUUGUUGGGUUUUCUGCCGGCUGGCAGCCCCAGGCUCUCUGUGGUGUCACUGAGGGGCAGCAGGGACCCAAAUUUGGGGCAUUUCCCUCUCCUCUGCCUCUUCCAGCCGAGUGUGUAAAACUGAGUGUGCAAAACCACCAGAGCGACAAUUCCCUGCCCCUUUGGGGAUUUUGGAGCAACUGAAAAGGAAUCCGAGUUAGACUUGAAUUUUUUCUCUUUAUUUUUGAACUGUGAAGCCAUAGUGCAGCUUUGGGGGUUUUUUUUGCUGUUUUCUCUUUGAGCUCUGAUGGUUUUCCCACCUCCUCCCCCCAGGGGAAGCACUGAGGGUUUAACCACCUUGGGAUGGUGUAUUUUUUUUGUUUGUUUGUUUGUUUUAACACCCAAAAUGUGGAGCUGAAGAGCCAGCCUGGAGCAGCUUUAGCUGGAUUCCCAUUCCCAAAUCCAGGUGUUUCCCACCCAGCCCUGCCCUGCUCCAUUUCAGUGUUUAAAGGGCUUAACUCCAGCCAGCAGGAGCCAUUGGAUUCUGAAUUUAGAUGGGCACAGGAGGAAAACCUUCAAGUAUUCCUGGGUUUGUGGCCACCUCUCGCUCAAACCCCGGGUGAGUUUGUGCCCAGGGUGGUGCCAAGGCCAGGAACUGCCCCAGCCCCAGCCUGGAGCCCCCAGCCCCGACCUGGCAGGGCAAAGCCAUGUUCGUGUUCCCUCCCAGCCCGGGAGCCCUUCCCAGUCCUCCCAGUCCUCCCAGUUCAGUCGCUCACCCCCUCUGCUAUGCACACCCCCACUUUUGUACUAGUCUUGUGUUUAAAAAAAGUAAUAAACUUGAAGUUUAUACAAUCAGA